CUCAUCGCCACUCUGUAUUAUCCACCGGGUUCUCCGUAUUCUCCUUGUUUGUGCGGAAGUCCAUCACCCACCACAUUGUCUGUCGGAAUCACACGCAGCAACACUGCUAGGUCUUUGGAGCCUCAACCUAGCUGUACAUGUGACGAUCACUCGACACUUGCUUGACACCUAUGUUCUCUCGCCUCUUGGUUGCGUUCUGCCGUCUUGCCGGACCUUCGCGGACUUCGGGCCUGCUGGGUUGACGCAUUAUACCAAUACCCCCAUCCUCACACCCUUUCGCAGUACCCUUUGCUGCAAAUAGCGCCGAGGGUAAUUACUUAGAUCGUCAUGAAGCCUGUUGCCACAUCGCCUGAACAGCUCACCUCACAGGUACAUCGGCUGUCGUUCGCUUCACCCCGUCUUGAGAACGCUGGCUGUUUAGCUCCGGGCGAGGAUGUCAACAGAUCCUACCCUGCGAUGUUCGUGACCACUGAUGCCCGAUCUGCAGCCAGCCCAAUCGCCCCCAGCGUCCCGCAAGAGGUAGCCUGCCUGACCUUUGCGGCUGGUGACGUUUUCCCAGGCUCAUCGCUUAGGACAAGCGCUGUCGGUUGUACCAGACUGCAAAGUGCCCUCCUCCUUUCUCCCUCCCUCGAGGACCUGCCAAACGAGGUUUUGUUUCACAUUAUGGGUUUCCUGGACGUCAACGACCUUCUGUCAACGUCGAGAACGAGCCAUCUCCUUCGCGAUAUCUCUCAAGCCCCUAUUUUACACCAUUAUCGGCUUCAGCGAGCCCGAAUUAACCUUCCAUCACGCCUAUCGUCACCAUCUCGUCCAACACUGGCUGAUCUCAUUGCUCGUUCUAUCUUCAUGACACAUACUUCCAUAGUUUCACGAAAGUUAGCCAGAUCCUUGGUCUCAAUCCGAUUGUCUCGCCGCUUAGCAGCCAGACCCUCAGCCGCGGCUCUGGUUGAGCGUUCUGUUUUACCCAAAGAGUGCGUGCCUGGUAUGGCGUCAGUGCAUGUGGCACCAGCAAUUGUUGCCAAGAAGAAGGCAAUCGAGAAAGAGAGAGUUAAGGACGGGUUGCGACAGUGGAUUGCAUCGAGAUGGAAGCGUGAAGUCAAAGAGCGCCAAGAUGGCGUAAGAAAAUGGGAGGAAAGCCGCGGCAUAGGACGCGUGUGGCGCCUCCGUAGGUUUUGGGAAAGAGUUAGUCGUGGCGAGGAGCGAGACAGUGCUUGGUAAGUCAGUGAUAUCGACUUCUAUGAGGUGAAUCGUUGUAAGGCUGCGUGUGCAAUCAUGCUUGAAGGACCACUAUAGUUCGGUUCUGUAUUGGUCACAGUUCUGGCAGGGAGACGUCAGCGGUACUAGCGGCUUUCGUACUGUCGGCAGGAUUACUUGUAUGAUACAUUAUGUACGAUGUGGUGAUGUUACAAAAUCGACGA